AUGGGAGCAGACAAAUCCUGCAAGUGCAGAAUUUCAUCCCAACAGUCCUUGGACAUCGACGAGCGAAAACGUGGGUUUGUCUGCGCCACGUCAAUGGUAGGGAGUUUAACCCUAGGAAGCCUCUUGCUAAUGAAUCAAGGGAUGAAGAACCGUUUGCAGUACUGCAUCCACUGCUGCUCAGAGAGCUUGUCUUCAUCUUACUGUGAGAACACAGCCGCUCUCUCUCCAUUUCACUUACUCUCCCACGUGAUUGACCGACGCCUAAAAGAUACUAUAAGCUUUGAGGUACAUAGCUCGCCUCAAGCAAGUGGCAUGAUUCGAGUUUUCAAGACUCGAAUUCAGUUCUUACAAGCCUUUCAUGUCCUGGGCAAUCCCAAGUUUGACCCGUAG